AUGCGCCAUACUAUCUGGAAUCGUCAAUACGAAGCCUUUCUCAAGGCCAAGAGCGAGGAUGAUCCAGAUUACACAGUCCUUGGGCUGCUCCUCUUCGACGCGAUUGAGAAGUUCACCGAACAGAAUGACCGGCUGCUUGACCUUCUUGUCGAGUUCUGGCGGGUUCCCGAUUGUAAUGGGGCUUUCCACAAGUUCAAUGGACUCACCGAAUACUUGGUGGAGGUUGUCUUCGAUUGUCAAGGAUGGGUCAAUACCAAUACCUUCACUGCCAAGCUCUAUAAUACCAGCAUCCUUCCGCAAAAGCACGGCCAGCUACAGCGCGCGAGUGGGGUCUUGAGGAAGACACUCGAGACGGCUCUAUGGGAAGUAUUUCCUCAUGAAGACAUAGAAGACUAUCUGGACUCGUUGCAAGACAGCUAUGUUGAAUAUUAUGAUGGUAAACUUGACGAGGAGUACAAGGACAGACGUGAUCGCUUCCUGGAGGAAAUUAACAUCGAGACUCUCAACGGAUAG